AUGUCUGCUACAAAAUUUAUAGCUCAGACAUUGCUCUUUCUAAUAAAAAAAAUUGAUUGGUUCAGAAGUUGGCAAUAUGGCCUAACAGGUGUAUAUGUUUUUAAAAAUUCAUUUUUAUUUUCAUUUAUUAAUUCUUAUUCUUCUAAAAUAUUUAUUUCAUGGAAAACAAGUUUUAAUGAUCAUGUUGAUCUAAAUAUAUUAACAAGUGAAUCAUUCAAAUGUGUUAAAACAAAAUUAUUAUUAGAUAAAUAUCGUACAACUGUUUGUGUUCAUGAAAUACAAAAAGAUCGAGAUGUUAGUGGUCAUUUAGUAUCACAUGGGAUUUGGGAAGAACAUUUAGUAACACGUUUUAUUCGUAUACUCUCAACUUAUAAACAAUAUUCAUUUAUUGAUAUUGGUGCAAAUCUAGGUAAAUAUACAAUGUAUGCAGCAUCAUUAGGUUGUUCAAAUAUAAUAUCAAUUGAAUGCUUUCGUCCAAAUAUUGAACGAAUUCGUCGAUAG